CUUCGGCUUCGAAUGAAUCGGAAUCCGCGGUCUCCGCUCCUCCUCCCUCUUUCUUCUUCCUAAUUAACUCUAGGGUUAAUAUUAGAUCAUCCCCAUUUCAUCGACCGAUCUCUCCGGCCGUAAUCCGAGUACUCCAGCUCUCAUCUUACAGGGAUUCCCUCCCCUCCAACCCCACCAUUUCUAUUCCCUGCCCCAUCUCCCUUUUACACCCGUAUCUUCUUCUCUCCUCUCGGUACGUAGGAUGUUCUGCUCCGCUUUCGAAUUUUUUGGAUUGGUGCUUUGGUUUCCGUGCUCUGAAGAAUGUCGGUGUAUUGCGUUUGGUGAGUUGGGUUGGUCGCGGACGCGGUUCCGAUUGGAUUAGCUGUCGUCUCUGGAUUUUUUGGGUUGCGGCUUCUUCUUAAAGGCUGGUCCUUUACGUUCCAAUUGUACCUUUUGAGAUCUUGGUUCCUUGUGGUUGGUGAACAGUGAUCCUGGUUUUGACGUUGUAGUGAUAUCUAGCGGAUACUGAUGGAUUCAGCCAGGACUUGGUUUCAGAAAUUACAGACUAAAGAGAAGAUUGCAUCUAAGAAGAAUGAAUUGGGAUUACACGGAAUGGAUGGUACUGAAGAAACACCUUCUGAUGCGACAAAGCAAAGGGUGGCAGCUGCUAAGCAAUACAUAGAAAAUCACUAUAAAGAGCAAAUGAAAAAUUUGCAAGAACGCAGGGAACGGCGUCAUAAUCUGGAGAGGAAACUAGCUGAUGCUGAUGUUUCUGAAGAAGAUCAACACAAUAUUCUUAAGUAUUUGGAGAAGAAAGAGACAGAAUACAUGCGCCUUCAAAGGCAUAGAAUGGGAGUUGAUGAUUUUGAAUUACUUACGAUGAUAGGAAAAGGCGCUUUUGGGGAGGUCAGGGUCUGUAGGGAGAAAGAAACUGGUAAUGUAUAUGCAAUGAAGAAGCUUAAAAAAUCAGAGAUGCUACGUCGAGGACAGGUUGAGCAUGUUAAAGCUGAAAGGAAUCUUCUUGCAGAGGUUGACAGCAAUUGCAUAGUGAAGCUAUACUGUUCCUUUCAAGACAAUGAAUACCUAUAUCUUAUCAUGGAAUACCUACCUGGUGGCGACGUGAUGACAUUGCUUAUGCGAAAGGAUACACUGAAUGAGGAUGAGGCCAGAUUCUAUAUUGGUGAAGCAGUUUUGGCUAUUGAAUCCAUCCACAAACACAAUUAUAUUCACAGGGAUAUAAAGCCUGACAAUUUGUUACUCGACAAAUUUGGUCACCUGAAGCUUUCAGAUUUUGGAUUAUGUAAGCCACUGGAUUGCAGUAAUUUUCCAAAUUUGCAAGAAAAGGAUAUUACUAGUGGAAGGAACUCUGGCGGGUCUUCCCACUCUGAUGAACGUUCAUCUGCACCAAAGAGGACACAACAGGAACAACUAGAGCACUGGCAAAGGAAUAGAAGGACAUUGGCAUACUCUACUGUUGGUACACCUGACUAUAUUGCUCCAGAAGUUCUACUGAAGAAAGGUUAUGGCAUGGAAUGCGACUGGUGGUCGCUUGGAGCCAUCAUGUUUGAAAUGCUUGUAGGUUAUCCUCCAUUUUAUUCUGACGAACCUAUGGCAACAUGCAGGAAGAUAGUUAAUUGGCGAACACACCUGAAGUUUCCUGAUGAAGCAAAACUAUCUGCUGAUGCAAAAGAUCUAAUCAGUAAACUCUUGUGCAAUGUUGAACAACGGCUUGGCACAAAAGGUGCUGAUGAAAUAAAGGUGCACCCUUGGUUUAUGGGCACUGAAUGGGACAAACUUUAUCAAAUGGAGGCUGCAUUUAUACCAGAGGUGAAGGAUGAGUUGGAUACCCAAAACUUUGAGAAGUUUGAAGAGGUAUCAUUGGUUGUCAAGAUUCUUUUAUUUGUUUUACCUUAUAAAUUUAAUAUGCAUUCUUUCCCUGUCAAUGUCUUGCAGUCUGGUGAGCAAAUUCAGAAUUCAUCUAAGUCAGGCCCUUGGAGAAAGAUGCUUUCAUCCAAGGAUUUGAAUUUCAUGGGCUACACAUAUAAGAACUUUGAAAUAGUUAAUGAUCAUGUAGUGCCUGGGAUAGCUGAGUUGAAGAAGAAGGAUAAACUGAAGAGGCCAAGUAUCAAAUCACUCUUUGAAUCCUCAGAGACAGAAGACCAGUCUGAUGAAGCUAUUCAAGGGACCUUCGUAGACUCCUGCCAAUUAGAAGUCUCAAAAAGCCAGGGCUCAUCUUCUCCAUGAACGCCAUUGAUUAAUAUCAGCAAUUACGGAGGCUCAUCUUUUCGACAAAUCACAUUGGUCACCAAAGGGUGUUGGUCCAAAUAGUUCUCUGGUGCAGCAUCUAAUCAAUCAGGUAAAAUUGCAAGCAAGCAGCACGACCCGAUUGCAGAAGCAGCAAUACUUGGAAGUGACAGUGGGAAUCCUACUGCUCCAACGAGAGAGUUCCUUUUUCAUGUAAAGAUUUGCUUUCAUUUAUCUAUCAUUCGGUUCGGCUGUUUCUUUUUGUAUUUUAUGAUGAUUUUGUAUUGUAUGUGUGAAAAAUUGUACAGAGCUUCUUGUUGAGUUUUGGGGGAGCUGCUCACUAGUGAUUUUGGAUGUUCCCUUUGGGUUAGAAGUAUGAUGUGAGGAUUGAUUGAGAUUGACAUAUGAAUUUUGUUUGA